CUUCCGUUCCCACCACUCACUCACUCACUCACCCUCCGCCCUCAUACCACCACCGCCAGCUAAUGAACGAUGCAGCUCGACGAUGAUGAGGCGCAGCUUGCCUCAGGCUCAUCAAGCGCACAGCCGUAUGCACAGCAACUCCUCUCUUCGAUCCUACCCUCCUCCACUCCUCGCUCAGAGGUAGCAGAGCACUACGAGACCCGCUUAAAGGACAAGAAGGUCCAGCUAGCCAAUCCAGAUCGACGUCGACCACGCUCGACAGAUGGCAUCGAGAGCAGCGGUGGGGCUCACACGGCGAAGAAGCUCGCAAAGAGGCAGAAGAAGGCGGGUCGCGUCUUGAGGAAGCCGGCAAAGGCGAUGCAGAAAGAGCAGGCGGCGGCAGCAGCAGCAGCAGCAGCUCGAGAAGGCGGCUCACGCCGGCCACCAGCACAUCGCGGCAUCCAGGGUCUCGACGAGGAGAUGAGCUACACUGCUCUGCUCCCGCUACAUCACUUCUGGACCUCAUACAUCCAGCAAUUCCUCAACCUCGUCCGCUCCGACCCAGCUACACAGGAGUGGCUGCCCAACGCCGCUCUCCUCGACAAUACCUCACGCCCGCCGCGAUGGCGCCUCACGGAGAGUGCAAUAGCGAAUGUACAGCAGCAGAUCUGCAAAGCCGAUCUACUCGGCGCGCUCAUGAGGGUGGAGCGAGCGGCGAAUCCCAGCUUGGUUGGGUUGGAGGGACUAGUGGCAAGGGAGACGGAGCAUACCAUUGUGCUUGCGCAUCGUUGCGCAGAGGGGGAAGACGGGGUGCGGUCAAAGAAGGCGAAACGCAUCUUCAAGGUCGUACCCAAGCACAAUGCCGUCUUUGUCGUGAGGGUGCCUCUGCCUGACGUCGGGGAGAAGGUCGGAGGUGGAAGCCCGACGUACCUGGAAAUGCCACUGCAGGGCAAUCAGAUGGAAGGCCAGAUGGUGACUCGCGCAACGAGGAAGUGGAAGCAGAAGAGGACAAUGGAUUUUUGAUGGCGCAAGUCGUCGUGUCGUGUCAUUGUAGAUAUGCGUGUGCAAUAUUGAUACCCUUUUGUCAAGCUCAACUUAAUCCUCAGCAGCAAGCGCCGCCUCAUUCAACCUCUCCGCCUCUCUCAUAUCCCUCUCUGCUCGCAGCUCCUCGACCCUCUCCCUCAACGCUCUACGCUCAUCGUCCAACUCCUUGUACCUCCC